UGAAGCAUGAGCCUCUCUGUCGGACGGAGCGGGAUGUUCUGAUCGCCCAGCGUGGCUCUCAGCGAUGGGAUCCAGUGGAUGACAGCAGCUGAAAUCUCCCAGACGGAGGAAGACGAGGUCGCCUCCAGAGCAUGGGCUGCGUCAAAUCCAAGCGGAGCGCCGCGGCCUCCCAGCACGCCAACUCCACCGAGGGGAAGCCAGCGGGCGAGAAGGCCUACCUGGUGGGCGGGUCGGCGCCGGGCUCGGCGGACGGCUCGCCGCAGGUGAACACGGCGCUGCUGGAGUACGCCCAGCGGCUGUCGGAGGACAUCGUGGCGCGGGCGGUGCAGCAGUGGCUGGAGGUGGACAGCCGCUACAGCGACAUCCCCUACAUCGAGUGUGACGUUCCGUGACGGGAACCUUCACGCCUUGACCCUAGAUUGGAAACUCUCCCUGGAGCUUCUUUCACUGCCACUGCUUCGCCUUAACCUCUGCCCUCUGCCACGAGGGCCUUCUGGGCCGCUGACGAUGCGCUCUCCAGAUUGGGAACUUUGACUCACCGACGAGACGUUUCGGUUUUGGUUCGUCCACUUUGGCUACGUUCACACAGCAGGCGAAUUCACCCAAUUCCGAUCUUUCACCGGUUUGUUCGAAAAGAAAUCUGAUUAUUUCCAAAACAUCUCAAUGUAUUUUAUUCAACUUUUACGUCGUUGAGGUGAAUGUGCGUCAUAAUUCUGCACCAGAAGAAGAAAGAUGUAAAUCUGGACAUAAACAAUGAAAAUUAUAAUCAUGAACGAAGUCUGAGUCAGUUGGAAAACUAAAAAAUACAAUUUCAUUAGUCAUUUUCAUUAAAUAAUGAAAAUUAAAAUUACACAAAGAUCAUUUCCUGUUGUCUUCUUCAUUUCCUCCAGUAGUAACUUCCUGUUGUUGAUCCUGCAUGUUGCCAUUGCAGUAAAUUUCUAUUGAAAAAUGUUUUUGCUAAAUUGUUGUGUUUCCUUUGAGUGAAUUUAUUUGUGCAAUUCCAGUUUGCGUAAUUUUAAGGCGAAUAGAACCGCAGAUGGUGAGGCGCAUCCCAACGCACCGCUUCGGGUCCGAAUCCACCGGACAAACAAAUGAAUACGCAGGAAAAAAAAUCGGAUUUAAGCGAAAAAUCGGAACUGAGCCUGAAGACCUGCUGUGAGAACGUGAACUUUGUGCCGCCGCUGAUACGUUGGAAACUCGGCAACCAAACAGCCACAAUACAAAAGUCUGGAUCAUCAGCCUGAACCCGUCUGCUCAGACAGACGGGCUUUGUUGAGGGUUUUUCAGUUUUUCUUCCGUUUCUUUAGUUAAAUCGAUGAAAAACACCAAAGAAAACAAAGUUUGACAAAAAUAAAAGGAUUUUAACUCCAACCAAAACCUGAAGAUGAGUUUCAGGACUGGAACUAAAAACAUUUCAAUCCCGUCGUCAUCAAACGUUUUCCAGACUUUCUGAAUCUUUCAAAGUUUUUCUUUGGGUUUUUGUUUUUUUUUUUACUUACAAAUCUGAUGAUUAAAAAUGUUUAAAUUCACAAAAUGACUGAAAUCUGGUUUUAUUUUCACUAAGAGGGAUGAAAAAUUAUCAAAACUCUGAUAAACAGGCAGCCAAAUGCAAAACUCAGAUCUCCAGCAGAAAUAAACAUGAAAAAUGGCCUGGAAGAGAUAAUUAUGUCAAAUAUUUCCAAAUAUUUAAAUUAGUAUUUGCUGAAUGAAAUUAGUGGAUGUUUAUUCUUGUUGUUUAUGUCACAGCAGCCAUGUUGGAUUUUAAAUUCUCUAUUUUGAAGAUAUAAAUAUACAUUUUUUAUAAUAAAUCAAAUAAUCAGAGACAAUUUGUUUAUGGAAAAAAUUAAUGAUUCUCCACUAGAAAUCAUUUAAUUUUGGGAUUUUUUAUGGAUUUAUUUGAAGAAACAGGAAGAAGUUUAUCCUUUCAUGUCUAAUUGGGUCAUCAGAGGUCAGAGGCUUCAACAAGCAAAAAACAGAAAAAAAUCUGAUAAAAUAAAAAACAAAAACUACUAAAGCCCAAAGAAAAAGAUCCAGAAAUCUGGAAGGAAAAUUUAAAGAAAUUCAGAAUAAAUCAGGAAAGUUCAGCUCAGGUUAAAUAUGCCGCCCCGUUUGGGUCAAAGUCGGAUCGGGUUCCGUCGGUGUUCAUCCAGAUUGAGACCUCAGAGGCUAAAUCUGCCAAACAUUCAUGCCUCCAUGGUCAUAAAAACCUUACAAUGAACCAAAAAGGCCUCAGGAAAAAGUUUAAAUGUCUUCUGGUCCUGAAACUGUUCUGUGGCGUUAAAUUCCCGCCUGUUUAAAAUAAAUCAGGUUUCAUUUGGUGAUGGUUUUUCUCCUCUAGUUCGACCGGCAUCGUGUGAUUUUUGCGUCUCCAGGGAGUUUUAAAGAUCAAUAAUCUUUAUUAAAACUUCAGUCUUCCAUCAGAAGCUUUAGGAAAAUGUUUUUCCCGUUCGGAUCCAAACUGUCGGCUCAGAGUUAUUUAAAGUGGAGCAGCAGAAACUGGCCUGAGACCAGCGGAGGAUCGGAGGAAAUGCUCCACAAAUCCAAACGACUCAAAGCUGCAGGACAAAAACACGUCGACCUCAAAACAGACACAGAUUUGAUUCUACUGCAUUUUCAUUAAAGGACAUUUAUGUUCCGUUUUGGAAAACUUUAUAACUUUUGUUGCCAAGAAAAGAGAAAAAUCCUCUCCAGGAAUCAGGAAUCAGCUCUGUAGUAAAUAUUUCUGCACAAAACACAAAAUCAGCAGUUUUAGAGCAGCGGUGUCCAAAGUGUGGCGCCGGGCCAUUUAGAGGCCAGGGAAGGAUUUCUGUUGGGACUCAUGUUGGUUUCUGUUUGUAGCAAAUCGCAUAUCUGAGACUAAACUGUUUUACUUCAUACCUCAGCUUUGCUCCAAAAGAAAAAAGAUCAUUUGUAAUCAAAUCAUAAUUUACAUUUCAGAAAUAAAACCUGUGGUUUUGCCAGCGAGUCUGGAUGAAUUCAGGAACAAACAUAAAACAGGGAAAUAAUUUUAACUGUUGAGGAGAAAAAUUGUGGAGCCAUAAAGAAAAAAAAGCCAUUUGAGUUUCCUGAAGUUUUUCUCGCAGCAGCAAAAAUCUGAGUUUCAAAAGAGAAAAACAAACGUUAAUAAGUUUUUUCUCCAUUUUGUUCAUUCAUAAAUGUCAGUUUCAGCUUAAAGUGAAAUAUCUUGCUUGGAGCUAAAUGUUUAGUUAGCAACAUUUAGCUAGCAACAUAUUCACACUUGCUUUGAGCUAAACAUUUAAUUAACUAAAUAUGUAGUUAAUGUCUGUCUUGGAAACUAAAUAUUUAGCUCACCAUCUAACACUGAAAAAACUAAAUAUUUAGUUUGCUAACUAAAAAAUGUCUUUGAACAGAUAUUUGUUAGCUCCAAAUUAGUAAAGUUUUAAACUUAAGUAUUUAGUUUGACUAAACUCACAUAAAUUUCUGAAUAAAUUACUAAAAUGGUGAAAACAAGA